CGCUACAAUCACCUGCUCAGUUGCGUGUGGGGGGGGCAUUGUUUGACAAGUUGAUUUAAUAUUCAACCGCCCGUUCUUAGCCCGUUCGAACGGUUUGUUAUUAUUACAUUGACAAUCAAAUAUACGUCGAAUCUCACCAAAUGAUCUGUAUUAAAGCUGGCCAGUGUGUAAAAGUUUUGUGAAAAGAUAGAACGGGCCCAAGUAAGCAAAAUUCGAGGCACGUAGCGUGUGAUCAAGUAUUUUCGGGCGUCGUUUUAAGAUCCGAAUUACUGGGUGUGUCGCUACGAUGGAAACCUUUGGCGUGUACCUGUUAUUCGCAUUGCUACAGCUGGUGGCAGCCCAGCGUACGCCGACCAUCAGUUAUAUAUCUCAGGAACAAAUAAGAGACAUCGGAGGUACAGUAGAUCUGCAAUGUUCGGUGCAAUAUGCUCAAGACUUUCCAGUUCUUUGGGUGAAAGCAACCAAAGAUCAGUUGCCCAUUUCUACUGGGACAACGCUGAUCAUCCGUGACAGUCGGUUCUCCUUGCGAUAUGAUACUGCAUCUUCAACAUAUACGUUGCAGAUUAAGGAUAUACAGGAAACUGACGCAGCCACAUACCAAUGUCAAGUAAUCAUCUCACUCAGUAACAAGAUCUCUGCAGAAGUCGAUCUGCAAGUACGUAGGCAGCCGGUUAUUAGUGAUAAUUCAACACGAUCUCUGGUCACAAGCGAAGGACAGAGUGUACAGCUGCAGUGCUAUGCUUCGGGGCAUCCUUAUCCAAGAAUUUCUUGGCGCAGGGAAAAUAACGCUCUAUUACCUACCGGGGGUUCAAUUUAUCGCGGCAACACUCUUAAAAUCUCAGCAAUUCGAAAAGAAGACCGUGGCACAUAUUAUUGUGUGGCAGAAAAUGGAGUGGGAAAAGGAGCGAGACGUAACAUUGCUGUGGAAGUAGAAUUCGCACCAGUUAUAACUGCUCCACGUCCACGUUUGGGUCAAGCUUUGCAAUACGACAUGGAUUUGGAAUGUCACGUUGAAGCUUAUCCUCCACCUGCAAUUACCUGGAUGAAAGACGAGGUCACGCUGUCAAACAAUCAGCACUACAGUAUCUCUCAUUUCGCUACCGCUGAUGAAUUUACUGACACAACAAUCAGGGUCAUCACCAUUGAAAAGCGGCAAUAUGGCCAAUACGUAUGCAAAGCUGCGAAUAAGCUGGGAACAUCUGAAACCCAAGUCGAGCUCUUCGAAACUAUUAUUCCUGUCUGUCCACCGGCUUGUGGUCAGGCACAUUAUGGAGCUACUGUGACGCCACUCUCAUCAGGACCAUUGGUGGCCUUUGCCAUUCUUGUAGCAGCUAUUUUCCGAAAUUUCCAUACCAAACAUUAACUAUCCAGGACUACGUUGGGCCGCAGCACCGCGAUGCAUCCUAUCCAAAUGGUUGAUGGCCUUUAUGAGCCUUGUAAUUUGUACCAGUUUAUGGUCGUUCGAUUGAUUAUUGUGCAUAAUUGUGAAAACGAUUUUAUACGAUUAUUUUUUUUACAGCUAUUUACACCAUAAGUUUUUUUCUUCUGUUUUUUAUAACAAGUGAAUUUUCAUUCCAUUUUUCCUUGGUAACUAGUACCUGGUAAUUAAGCGAAACUUUUUACACUCCGUAGAUAAUCAUUCCACGUAUAGAAAAGUCAAAAAAGUAGUAUCUAGAUUUCUAAGGUUGUAGCAAUUUUUCAAGCAUAUCUUAGCAUCAUCAGUCAAACUGAAUUGUUGCGUUCGACAAUAGAAAUGACAAAUUUUCGUGUUCUAAUGUUACCUAAUAUUAUUAUGUUAUUAAUUUCUGUGGACCCUAACAGAGGCCACGUCAUCGAAUCUCGAGGUUGAAUCUAUCGUGUAAAGUGAUUAACCAGGCAGCAAAAAAUCGGAAGUACCUAUGUCGCGGUAUUUUAUUAUAUUUACAUAUCGCCUGCGAUAUGUAUUUUAUUUGCGUCCAUUUUUCUUCGUUACUUUUAUUAUAGAGUAAACGUUAUGCUAAAUCUAACAUUUAUACAAAUUAGCAAUAGAAGUGAAAAUGAAAUAAACAAGUUAAUACACAUUUGAGUACCAAGUAAUCAAGGUACUCCAGACAUACGUUACAAGUAUUGUCACAUAUUUAAUCUCAUUAACAGAGUACUGGUUAGUUGGGUUGAACCUGUUUAUUGGGAUUCCAACGUACUCGCAAUUAUAAUAAUAUGUAACGAUAAUAUUCACUAGUACUUAGGUGUUUUUAUAUAACAUUUUUACAAAUUAGUAACGUACAACGCAAUAACAUCAAAUUUAAUAAUUAAUCGUGAUGAAUGUAGAAUAACGAACGACUUUUUUACAAUAUGUACAAUAUUUUACACUUGUAAACUUUUUACCGCGUAUUCCGUAAGAACUAAGAUAAAUUAUCUUAAAUUAUGCAUUUUGUUAUUUCGACCAUAUAUACUGAAUACGGAAAAACUUGUUAUGACCCAAUUAAACAACAUUUUUGAAACA